AUGUCUACCCCAACAUCGUCAGAGACACGGCGACUUGGCUGGAAGAAAGAACUUCGGCAACGGCACGUCCAGGAAUUAUCGCAGAUCAAGGACAACUAUAAACUGCGAAGGGACGGGGAUCUGGACCAACCGGUCACCGUCGAUAUAUUGAAACAAUGGACCGAGCAAGUGAAGCAGCAAUUCGACGAAGCCGCCAAGCAGAAGAUCUUCGGAAUGAAGGGAAUAAUUGACUGGAGAAAUGCGGUCUUCACGCUGCUGGAAAGUGCGGCCAUGUAUUUGCGAGAUGUUGCAGCUGUCGAGAGUGCGAUAGUGGAGGCGAAAGCCGGGAAUACAGCGCAAGCUAUCGAGUAUCUCGAGAGCGCGGAUGAUGCUAUCAACGAGAUCGCGAGCUUCUGGGGAUUCGAGUAUACGACGAUCUGCGACCUGAUUGAAAGUACUCCGGAUGGUCAUUUCCUUAUUGUCGGCCCUUUUUGCGGUGCAUUGGCACCCGUGAACCAGGAGGACCCGUUCCUUGGGAUUGCGUUUAAGGGUACCUCGACUCUACAAGAGUGGGCCACAAACAUUGAUCGUGUACCUCAGGCGACUGGGGACUCCUCAAUUCUUUGGGGCACCGAUGUUUCCAGUGGCGUCUUCAACUGCUUAUUCGGCACAUACGGGGACUGGGGCAUACCGAUGGACCAUAUUCUUGGAUAUAUCGAAACAUUCAGAUCCCUUUUGCCUGCGAACUCGUCGGAGCUCGCUGUGCAUGUCACGGGUCAUUCGUUAGGUGCAUCCUAUGCAACGCUGUGCUAUGGGCAACUGCUCCAAUACCAAUCGACGACGCCUACCGGAUGGAUCCUCGGAGAUCUUUACACCUUCGGAAGUCCUCGGAUUGGCAUGAAUAGUUUCGCAUCGCAGGUCAGAAAUGCCGGGGAGCAUGCCCCUGGCUCUGCCUGGCGUAUCGUUAACCAAGACGACUCGGUCACGGCACUCCCGCCAGCACCUGCGAAGUUAUUCCUGGGUCUCCCGCUGGAGGAUGACGCCAGAAUCUACAUACAUGUGGAUUCCGCGUACCGCAUCUCGAUUACUAGUCCUCCCGUGGUGAUACCAAGUGAGAUAGGCAUGGACCCGGGACCAGCGCCCAAAGCCGUCGACGAACUGAUUGAGGUGGGACAUAUGGCAGAACAUUCACCCUCCUUCUACUUUGCUUCAUUGCUGAUAGCAAAUGGUAUCGAUCCUCUGUGACCGAGAUUGAGCUUCUGGUGUAUCUGCUGUCUCUCCGUACUGCAAUUCUGAUUGAUGAAGCAUCACUGACAAGGAGAGUAGUGAAUAGGGAUAAAGAUGUAUUUCAAAGUGUCUUUACCGCUUUCCGGGCCUGAG